AUGAAAUUAUUUAUCCUAAUUACUGCGCUAUUAUUACCUUUUAUUGAUGCUUAUGAAUCUUAUCCAUCAGAUUUUCCCGAACCAACAGUUUUCCCUGAACCAACCAAUUUAGAAGAAUAUGGUAGUUAUAUUACAGGUGAAGCUUCGAUGGUUUAUCCGGGUGGUACUCCUUGUGUUUUAACAUUAACUAAAACAUAUAUUGAAGUGGUUACUUAUGAUCAAUGUCGUCCAUCAGAUUAUGAACCUCCAAGUUACAUUGAUUCAGGUUGUACUACUUAUCAUGAUAAAGAAUAUUGUGGUGGUUAUUGUUUUGUAUAUGCCGAUUGGAUUGAUCAAACUGCAUUGGAAUAUAAAACUCAUUGUGAUACUUCUGGAUGUAAGUUUGUCACCAAUGAUGGUGAACCUCAUUUUGAUUGUGCUGAAACUAAAACUUUAUCAAAUGGUUGUUACGAAGUUUAUAAUCAACAAUAUGAUUAUAUUAUGAUUGAGACUAUAUGUCCAUCUACACUGAAUCCACUUCCUACUGGUUCAAUUUCAGAAUCAUGUUCGCUAGUCACUUUACAAUAUGAUGAAUCUACAUACACAUUAACUUCCUGUCUGGAAUCAAUGGUUGCACAUCCACCAAGCGGAUGUGAAUUCACUUUAAACUCAAUUUUUUCUCGAAAGUAUUUAACUUGUCGUGACCAAUGUACAAAGGUCGGUGCAUCCUCAUUGAAUAGUAAUUCACAGAUUAUUAUGUCACCUUGUACUGCACCAACUGGAGUCCCAACUGGAUGUAUGGAAAAAGAAAGCACUACUUACUGUCCUCCACAAAGAUUCUGUACCAAAUAUGAAACUUCUUCUUAUUAUUCUUCGGGUAAUUACUACUUGUAUGGUUUAACUGAAAGUCUGUGCAGAACUAAUGAAUGUAGUUUCACUACUGUCGGUUCAGGUAUUACAAUUAAUUGUGCUCCUUAUACAAGUACAUUAUAUAAUGGGUGUUUUAUAGUUGAAGAAACAACAUCUGGUAAAGUUACAACUUCAACAAUCUGUGAAACUGACUCCACCGCUUUACCAACAUAUUUGAGUAAUUGUACUAUGGGUACAUAUUUCCCAUCUCAUACUAAUGAUGAAGAUUUUACUGGGUAUACUGUUUGUCCAUAUAAUGUGGUUCUACCAGAAGGUUGUAAAACUACUGAUUGGCCUUACUUUUAUAGUGAAAUAGCUGUAACUUGUAAUCCACCAUGUACUUCAACAUUCACAAGUGGUUCUUCCACAUAUACAACCGUUGUUGAUCCCUGUCCUACAUAUGAAGAUCCAUUAAUCACUGUAUUCCCUACCACUACUGAUUAUGAUGGUUCCUGUGCUUUAUACAAUGGAAAUAUGACUUGCCCAGAUCAUUGUGUAUUAACAAGUUCAGAUGAAUAUUAUGGCGAUACCAUGUAUGUAAAAGCAUCUUAUUCUUGUGAUCCAAGAUUGAGUUGUCUGUUUGUUGGUUAUUGGGGACCUACUCCAUCAUUUAGUUGUAUUACUUAUUCUACAGAAUCAAUAAGUGGUCUUGAAGAUUGUUUUACUAGUUUGAUUUAUCCAUCUUACACCAGUGAUUAUAGUACUAUAUUUACAUUAUGUCCAUGGCAUGUAUCCAUUCCAAUUGGUUGUCAUACUACAAGUUGGCCAUAUUGUUCUGCUCAAGUUAUUGAAACUUGUAAUCCACCAUGUACAUCAACUUAUUCAAGUGGUUCUAAUAUUAUCACUACCACUCUCAAUCCAUGUCCUACAACUUCAGAUCCUAGUCAACCACCGUUUGAAAGUAUUCGUUAUCCUACGGAUUGUGUGUCAUAUAAUUCAUCAAUGACUUGUCCUGAUCAUUGUGGAGAAGGUUGGAAUUUUGAAGGCACUGGAGAAACUAUAUAUAUGUACCGAACAUUCUAUUGUGAUUCUGAUACAACAUGUCUGUUUAAAUCAGAAGAAGCUACUCCUACAUUUAGUUGUUCCAGUAAAACAACUCCUGCUCCGCCAUUUGGAAUUGAUGGUUGUUCCACCAAAAUGUAUACUUUGGGUUCUGAAGAUAGAAUUAUUACUAUUUGCGAUUAUGAAGUUUCCAUUCCUGAAGGUUGUCAAACUACAAAUUCACCAUAUGUUUCGGGAUAUCGAGUUAUUGAAACGUGUAACCCACCAUGUACUUCAGUUUAUUCAAGUUAUACUGAUAUUAGUACUAUCACUUUUGAUCCAUGUCCUACAAAUCCACCUUCAUCACCAACUGAUGACAUCCGUUAUCCAACAGAUUGUGUUUCUUACAUGUCAACAAUGACUUGUCCUGAUCAUUGUGGACUUGGAUGGAAUUAUGAAGGAAAUUCUGAAGGUAUCCAAUUGUAUAAAACUUAUUUCUGUAAUCUGGGUACAGCUUGUCUGUUUAUAACUGGAGAAGGUUCCCCUUCGUUUAGUUGUUCAACUGUUUCAACUUCUGAUUAUUCACCAAUUUAUUCAUGUACUUCACCAUAUUACCCUUCUUCUACUAGUUCUUAG